AUGGAUGAAGACUCGCCAUCUGAGAUAGUUUGGGAUGAGCGUGGAAAUAGGAAAGAGUUGGAGGAUGAAAGUCUGAAAUAUAUAGUCAUCGACCAAUUUCAUCAAAAGUUUGGUCCUGCUAUCUUUCACAUUAAAAAGCAAAGUGCAAUUGGAGUGGCAGUGGAAGGUAUUGAUAUCUGCCGCUUUGGGAAGCUGUGCUUGAUACAGAUAGCGACAGUGAAUCAAAUUUAUUUAUUUGAUAUUUUCCUUCUGGGACCAGUGGCAUUUAAGAAUGGACUGAAAAUGAUUUUAGAGGACUCCGACAUACUGAAAGUGAUCCAUGACUGUCGCUUGGUAUCAGACUGCCUGUAUCAUCAAUAUAGAGUGGAUCUCACCAAUGUCUUUGAUACACAGGUUGCAGAUGUUCUGCAGUUCUCUUUAGAAACAGGAGGUCUUCUUCCCAGCUGUGUCAGUACGUUGGAAGAAUGCCUGGUCCGUCACCUCUCCCUCUCCACACCUAAAGCCUUGUUCCUGCAGCACAGUGCGUGUGCAGCCAAGGAAAACCCAAAAGUAUGGACCUGCCGUCCACUUCCUACAGGCUUGAUGCAGAGAGCAGGAUUAGAAGUCAUGUACCUGCUUUCACUCCGUUCCGUCCUGAUGGACAAAUUAAUGAUGGAUUUCACAACUCAAGUGGACAACUAUCUGAGCAUGUACAGAAAUAUGCCGUGUGUUAACCUUGGAAGUGCUGAGCAUUACUCAAUGGAACUUCCAUAUGAAUUGAAGGAAUUAGCUGUCAUUCAGAGACUAAGAAGAGGGGAUGCUAUGAAAAGGUACAAAGUAGAUGAAAAUGGCCUUCUGGUGAGACCACACCCUCAAUUUGAGAAAACUUCUGAAGAAGAAGGAAGGAUAAUAAACACAGAUGACAUUCCAGAGCUUGAAUCCAUCGAACCCUCUAGGCAAAAUGUUUUAGAAAUGCAGAAUGACGAGAUUCCAUUGCUUGAACCAAGACCCGAUUGUACCACCGAAGACCUUUGCCCCCCUUUGGAACGUGUCAGUCUUUCAGUAUUCUAACUCUGAGAAAAACAUUGUUGCCAGUGCUCAACUUUGUACAGAAAUCAAUUAAUUGAUCCCAUAGGCUGAAUGUUGAUUUUGUUGUGAAGGUGAUUGACCAUUAUUCAAAUCUGAAGCCCGCGGACGAAGCUGUUGUUUCUGUCUAACUCUUAAGAUCUGUAGACAAAGUGAAGACCUGUUCUGUGAGUUGGCACCUUUCAUAUUAAUUUCUAUCCCACUUUUCAGAAAUGUCCUUCAGUAUUGUCACAUUAAAUCCAA